UAAUGAUUUCUUGAUUUAGUGUGGGCCGCCUGCUCUACUCUCCUAAACAGUAGGUGGCGGUAACGCUCUUUUCAAUGAUGGUUGCAAUCUGACUCUAAACGCUGAAGUAGUCAAGCGUAGUUCCUGAAAUCUUACAGAAGCUAUCCAGCCGGCCCCUUUGCGACAAAAUAACGUAUAUUGACAUGGCAACAGAUAUGGCUUGCAUCGAUGUUUCUACUCAGGAUACUUAUGCUCCUCAUGGCCAAAAACAAGAGAAACUGCAACUUUCCACAACCUUAAGAAAGUAUUAUGCUUUCUGCAAGAGGAAGACAUUUGCCAAAUUUGUGGCAUCGAAGGAAAACCCAUGUUCCGAGGAAGCCGUUCGUCCAACAACCUGGCAUUGCUGUGGCCAAAGUUUCUAUGAACCCUCUUCAAUCCACAAGCAUGUGGCCAGGGCUCAUGAAUCUGAGAUUACGCAGUUAACAGAGUCAACGUUCGAGAACUUUCUCAGCCAGACUGAGAAAGACACAUUAUCGCAACAGCAAGUAAAAGUGAAAGAGACUGUAGAUAUUUCACUGUGGAUUCCUGACACCAGCCACAUCUCUGAUGACCAGCUACAGAAUGGUCCAGGUGAGGUUCUCCUAUACUACUGCUAUUGCCAGAUUACAGAUCCACAUCCUAUCUGUGCCUGGCAAAAGGCCCUGUGUGAGAAGCUCCACCUAACUGGCAAGGUGAGGGUGGCUACAGAGGGUAUCAAUGGCACAAUUGGCGGCACCAAAGUGGCGACUAACUCGUACAUCAAGGCAAUGCGUUCACAUCCAGUCUUUAAGAACAUGGAUCAGGAGGACUUCAAGACCAGCGAAGGGGGGGCAGGCUGUUUCCCUGACCUCAGGGUGGGUGUCUACAAGGAAAUCGUCCCCAUGGGAGUGGACCCUGAGGAAGUGUCCUACAGACUGGCAGGAAUCCACUUGGAACCGGAGGAAUUUCACAAAGAAGUGGAGGCCAUUCUGUCAAAAAGGGAUUCUUGCAAAGACACAAUACUGUUAGACUGCAGAAACUUCUACGAGAGUAAAAUAGGCCACUUCAGACAUUGUGUAGCCCCCAACAUUCGCAAGUUCAGCUACUUCCCUGACUACGUUGACCAGAACCUUGACCUCUUCAGAGACAAGAAUGUGCUCAUGUACUGCACUGGGGGCAUUCGCUGUGAACGUGGGUCAGCAUAUCUUCGCUCCAAGGAGGUGUGCAGGGAGGUGUACCAGCUGAAGGGAGGGAUUCAUAAGUACCUGGAGCGCUUCCCAGAGGGGUUUUAUCGAGGGAAACUGUUUGUGUUUGACCAACGCUAUGCAAUCUCCUCAAAUGGGGACGUUAUCUCAGAGUGCAGGUACUGCAGCUCACCCUGGGACCAUUACCAGCUGUGCACGACCACCUUCUGCUGCCAGCUAGUCCUUUCCUGCCCCACCUGCAGGCGGGGGGGGCUCACUUCCUGUUGUCCCACCUGCCAGAACAAAGGCCAGGGCCAGGAGCCCUCUUCCACACCGCACCAUAGAGAGGAGUGUGAGUGCACAGACGGACGCCCUAGGAUCCCCCAGGAUGUAUUGUGAUGCGACAGUUUUACAGUUAGAAAAUAAAUAUUUUUAAAUACA